CUACCGGUACCAAGUAGUUUUGUGUUGACACUGCAUCAAAGAAAUCCGAGCAAGUUGUGUUCUACUGGUUCAGUGGCAACUACCUGUACCGGAAUGGAAAAACUGCCAACAACGCCAAUAGACCAGCGACAUUUCGAAUAGUAGGGAAAGCAAUAUCUGCCUGGAGCUGGAUCAAGAGGGAUAUCUUACCGCAGGACCAAAUUUUCACUCGAGAAAUCACGACCCCGAAACAAGGAGCUUCCACGUUCGUGUUUUGUACGGUACCACACCCGUUUCGACUACGCGCAUGCGCUAAGACCGAAACGGAACGGAAACGUACCAGAGGUCGCACCUUGAUAGCAAACCAUCUGUCCGUUGUCCUCGAUUCUGAGAGAGUUACAGAUAGCAAUCAACGAUGAAGUGGAAAGUAGGGCAAACCGUCAUGGUUCAGAGUCGGACAUGGGCAAAGUGAGUGCGAUUCGUUGCCGAGGCCACAGAUGAUGCCCAGAUGAUUGAAGGAAGCGUGAUCCAUCGAUGCUAUCGUGUUAUUCGAUGAAUGAUUCGAGCCGGUUUGGAGCGGCAACAACAACUCUGUAUCUCAUGUUCCCGUGUGUCUGUCGCUGUCUUUUUGAUUUUGCUCGUGCCUUUCGCUCUUGCCUUUCGUUGUUGUUCUUGUUCUUGUUCUGAUUCAUUGCCGUUCCCAGCAUCAACAAGCCCGGUGGAUGUGCCAGGAUUACAAAAAUCCACACGGCGGAGGAGGAAAGCAGCUACGUCGAGGGACUGGACGUCAAGUACGUAGUGGACGGCAGGAAGGAAAAAAGCCUCGACCCGGCCAUUGUCACCCCCUACGAGCACCUGGAGCGGGGCGGGCGAAAGCGGCGGGGCCGCGACUUUUUGAUGAAGCGCGAAGAAGACGCUCUGCUCGAGGAACAAAAGGCCCCGCAGCGCAACAAGGCCCCGGCGAAGCAGGCCGCGCCACCGGCAAACGCACAAGGAAUGGCACGAGCCGGAAAGGAAAACAGGUCCUCCCCGCAGUCCAGUCCAACGUGCUCGACCCCCGAAAGACCACCGAAGCCGGCCAAAAAGCCAAAGCAGGUGACCCCCAUUCCGAAGAUGGUCAUCACCGGUAGGAAAAUCGACGACGUUUCUCCGCUGAUCGAGGAUCUGCCGUCGCUCCGGAGGCCGCACACCAAAGCCAAGAGCGACCAGAAAGCCGAGAAAAAACCCGUGGCCCGUGGAUUGGUCUUCGAUGCGAGCGAACCAAGGAACCCGGGCGCGAAGGAGUCGUCGCUGCCACCCAAGAACGCUCACGCGGCGUCUGCGUCUGUGUCACAUGCAAACAAGCCCCGAUUGCCCGGGACGAAGGAAUGUGGCAAGAUCGACACGGUGUUGUCUCGGCCUGGUUCGGCCUUGAUGGAUAAGAAAGCGGCCGGUUUCGUUUUGAAACCUCCCCGAAAAGUUCCUCCAUCCUCCACCCAUUCUACAGAUAACCCGAACCGGUGCCGUUCCAACCACAAAACCACAACCAAAAAGGCCGUUCCGCCCAAGAGCCAUCCGCUCGGAGCAUUCGGGACGAAACCCAGGCCCCAUUUCAAACCGGCAACCGCCUCUUUUUCGCGGGUGACAUCGGCUUACGACACCAAAAACAAAGCCGAGACAAACCGAAAGCCACUGCUCGACGUGUACCGAGCGGAGGUGCAAAAGGCAAGGGAAUUCAUGGACGAAAUGGUGGGGCACCGUAGCGACAGGGACAAUCAAAAGAAAGGAUUCUUCAGUACCACGAAAUCGUAAGUCUUCGACAGCUGAUGGUGUGAAUCUAAAAACAUCAGAUCAAAGUGGAUCCAUACAGUAUCCAUCAAUUUCGGUUGUAUUCUCAACCAUGCCACUCUCUUGUGUUUUCCUCUUAUUUUGGUUUCUAAUCCACCCGGAUCAUACCGGCAAUGUAAUCAGACGCUACGACGAGUUUUUGUCGCACCUGUACAAGGUGUGGAUCAAAAUAGACGAAGAAGAAGUCAGCGAAGAGGAGUUCAGAGAAGUGUACAAUACAAUAGCCCCGAAUUCGUUUACCAGCGAAGAACUUGACCGCCACGUUCAGAGAAUGUGCGACGAGGGAAAAGAAGUCAUGAAGAGCGACGGGAUGCUGUACCGGAUACAUUGAGUACAACACGAAACGAAACGAAACAUGCGAAUGGCAUCUCAUAUGCACCCUGCAUAAGACGGUAUCACCUGUAAAUUUUAGUCUGGAGGGCUCGCCUCCACCAUUCAAACACUGCCUUCUCGAAGCUACUAUUAUUGUAUAUAUGUAUCACACGUGUG